UUUUUUUUAUAGACCUUUAAACAUUGCAUUGACAGUCGGUAUAGACAGAAACAAACCUUCAUCAGUAGUUACAAUACAUUCAGCCAAAAUAAAGAACUAAACUUUGGCACGGUGCUGUUCUUUGCUCAUCCUCUGACUGCAUGAAAUAUGUUUAAAUAAAUUGAUUGAAGUCUGUUUAAAAUGCUGAUGUAAGUUAGGUGCUUCUGAUGUAUACCGCCCCUUUUAUCUUUAAUACUAAAUGCAGUUACAUUGGGCGGAAGCGGAUGCAGAUUGACCACCAAGAGAAGCCUGUACCAAACAUCCACAACCUGGUGGAGGCCGACUACUCCUACUGGACCCUUGGCUACCUGCUGUCCCUACAGGGGGCCCAGAAGCUCCUCCUGGCCGAACCUCUGAACAAUCUGCUUCCUGUCGAUGAGUUCCUCCCUGUCAUGUAUGACAAACAUCCAGUGUCAGAGUACAUGGAGCGCUUUGAGAGCCGGGACCUGCGUGCAUUUUCCGCAGAGCCGCUUCUGGUGUAUCCAACGCAUUACACAGGAGAAAUGGGUUACAUCAGCGACACGGAAACAUCGGUGGUCUGGGACAACGAGACAGUCAGAACCGACUGGGACAGAGCCAGGUCCAGAAAAACUCAGGAGCAGGGGGAACUGAGCUCUGAGGCCCAAAACUCUGACGUACUGCAGUCUGAACUUGAAAACUGGAGCGCAAGGGACGAGCUGUGAGGAAGAGGAGGAGAGAAAACUCUGGCAAACAGAGAUAAGGAUGAGGGAAAUAGAACAAAGCUGUGAUCACUGGGGAAAUGGAUGAAAUGGAGAGAAUAUAACAGAAUGGAGAGGGGAAGGGGGAAAGGCAGAGUAGUCGAGCUCAGGGUGGGUGUGACAAAGGCUUUUCCCCAUAUAUUCCUCUCUCCAAUCUUUCUCCUAAGAAUUGUGAUGUAGUUGAAGAGUUAACUCUCAGCAGAAAGCUUUUGUUUUAUUUAUGGCAUCCAACGCAUAUUCUUUAACCACAACCUGGUCCAAUGGUAGUUCCAUGUUUUGAAUAUAAAGUCCUACAGAGAAAAUAAAAGAAUGAAUUGGAAUAAAUACAGUAUUAAACCCAACUCUUGAUAGCUCUAAAUGAUUUAAAUGUGAAAGCUUUGAGUUUUAAAAAAAGAGCCUCUAAAAUACGAAAAAGGGAUUUUUAUCUGAUUUUAUACUAGGUUUUCAAGGCAGGAAACUGAAUCACUAAAAUGUUGCCUUUUCUAAACGGUGUAAUACUGUAAGUGGUUGAAAAGAAGCAAUGUUUAUUUGCAAUCGAUUAUCACCAGUUGUAUAUUUCUACUGGCUGUGAUAAAGUGUCCCCAAAGAGCUGGGAACACCCUGCUCUUCUUCAGUUUAGCUCGAGUGUUAUUUAAAUACGUUUUCUAAGUUUGCUACUUGUAUAUCUAUCAGUGUUUUCCUUUAUGUGCUAUCAAUCCUUUUCACACUUUGCCAGUAAGCUUUCAUGUUUCAUUGUCUUCCCCUCAGUUCAUCUUGCAGUUUUAACAAAUUUUUUUAGCUUUUGUAUCUUUUUGUUUGCAGACGAUUAGAAGAACAAAUGAAUAUAGACCUUUAGUAACUUUUCUUGUUUGUGUGCUCCUCUAUGGUUUCACAGUGUGUCUUUUUUAACAAAAGAGUGAAUAAAGACUUGUUUUAAUGAUU